UGCAGACGGCCGUGUCACCCUGUGUAUAGCAGACGACACAACAGCGUUGAGUUGUGACAGUGGCGAAAAAGAAACUACCGGCAACGCGGAGCCUGGCCCUUCGGAUACGGUGCUCCAAAGCCCGAAGGCGUCAAGAAACGUGUCACAGCCUUUGCCCGGAUUCGGAUUUCGAAAGGAAAUAUGGUGAUGGCUCCCAUGCUGACGGCGGCCAUGUUUUACGCCAUGUGCAACGCGUUCUCUCGCUGCUGCCCCCCGGACAGCGUGACCAUGCCGUGCCGGUGCUCGGGACCCAACACCUUCACUGUGCUCACGUGCGACGGACUCAUCUCUACGCGACAGGUGGAACGGGUGGCGUCCCGGCUGGCAAGCCACACCCUGGACUAUGGCAAGUUCAGCAUGUCCAACGCCAAGGUGAUGAAGCUCGAGCGGGGAAUGUUCGGCAACCUGCGCUUCGAGUACAUCCAGGUGAAGAAGUCCACCGUGGUCCAGGUGGAUGAUGGCGCGCUGGAGCCGUCGCGUGACACCCUGCGCCGCCUGGAGGUCGUCCACUGCGAGCUGAAGUCUUUCCCGUUCCAGAACGUCUCCACUUUCCCGAAGCUGGAGAGCCUCUCGCUCCAGUACAACAACCUUAAGGCGGUGCCGGACUAUGCCUUCAGGUACAAUCCCGGUCUGAAGAAGGUCGACCUGUCGUUCAACAAGAUCGCCUACGUGGGCAACUACGCCUUCUACUACGUGCCUUUCCUGGAGGAGCUCAACCUGCGCAACAACAAGCUGAAGGUGCUCAACAACAACGCGUUCGCCGUGCACGUCAAGCCCAACAACGACAUGGUGCUUGACUUAUCGCACAACCAGAUCGUGCUGAUCGCCGAGAACGCGUUCCACAAUGAGAACUUCCGCGUGCUCAACAUGUCGCACAACCGGUUGCGAUCUUUUCCCGAAAAGCACUUCCGACCUCUGCUGGUGCGGAUGGCCGUGCAGCUGGAGGGCACCAUCGACGUCGAAGGCAACCGGAUGAACUGCACGUGCGACUCGCUGGAGUGGCUGCUUCGCAUGCAGCCGUACUACCGGCGCUUCGUCAAGGGCUUCGUGUGUGCCGAGACGCACAAGACGCUCGAGCACAUGACCACGUGGGACCUGGACUGCGCGCACGGGGGUCAACCGGACGAAGAGCAGAGGCCGUACCUGAGCCGGGCCUGAUCGACGCAGCCGCUACGGCUUUGCGCGACUGCCUCGCGGCUCGCAGACGCCCGCUUUAACCUGUCCGCAAACGUAGCACUACCGUUUGCGGUAUACCGGGCUACGGCUUCAACAACGCUGGUAGCGAUAUCUUGCGACGCAGAGUUUAACCAGAGAGCGCAGAACAUGGCCCCCGAGAUUUGCGCGCGCCGGCUGAUUUUGCCAGUCGGCACGCGCCAAUCUUGGAGGCCAUGCUCAAAAAGCCAAUGGCGCAGUGACUAAAAAUAUCAUGCUUUACUGCUGGCGAAAAGCCGUUGGUAAUAGGUAAUCGUUAACGUGAAGUAAUUUCAUGAUUUUCCUUCGACUAGAACACGCGCGCAACACUGAAAAAUCUCAAACGCGUAGUUGGACAAAGGGUCAGUGGUUGCCGCUACCCAGCUUUGCUAUUGAGUAUGUUUGAAUACUGCUCACCCGUGACAAAGGGUACGGCCACAAGUUCAGUUCAGUUCAGUUCAUUUCAGUACUGGCAUAGACAGCUAUACGGUAACCCGAUAACCCGUAAACGAGAACAAGUUCUGAAAAAAAAAAGCUAAAACUCUAUACUUUCCUGCUGGUGUAGGGAACGUGGGCUUUAUCUGCUGCAGCUAAUGGUUCAUUCAAGUUACUAAGCGCAGCCCCAAUUGAGCGAGGGCUGCCAUCUCUCUCGACAUUCCCUCCUCGUCACACAGAUACGGAGCCCUUAGAUCAUCAUUCAGUGCAUGUGUGUUCAUCCAGACGUUGAGAAAACUUCGGGAGAGACAUGGGUGCACUAUGGUUGUUUAACGCAGCUCGGCCUACGAGCCGCUCAACCGUCCACACGUCAUACGCUGUUGCUAUGAUAAGGACAAGAACACUGGUUUGUUCAUUCUCAAACUGUAAUAUUCCACCUUUCUUACACCAGUGAACAUGUGCACAAUAGGAGUUUUGUAAAUUUUAAACUGCCCAUCUGCAGAAGUAACAAACACCUUUCACCGGCGCCAAUUCUUGGAAAUACUGGGAGCGCUUAUUUUCUUUAGAGGCAGUUUAUCUGCUCUCACCAUUCGCAAACAAAACAAAUAGAAGAAAUACUUGAGAGCACCCAGGAAGCAGCAAGGUACUGUAGUUGUUUUCUUCUAAAAAAAAAAAAAAUCUGUGCACAGGGUAGUCUUCUUGGUACACUUGGCCUGCGUUGUGACUGCUCCGGCGUUCUGCGGCCUGCACAAUCAUUAUCAUGACCAUAAUACCAUACUCAUCAUCAUAAUUCAGCCUACUUCAGGUCUGCUUGCCAGGACGAUAGCCCUAGCUCGUUAACUCCGCUUACCAGGGCUUCGUUCAGUGCAUAUGAUGAAUGCGACAAAUGUGCUUUCAAGUUUCCUAUUAUAACCUCCGUGUAAUUAUUUGCUGUCGUCAACUUGAUUUCUCUUCACUGGUGUCCAUUUUGUUACCCUAACACACCCGAUAUCAGUUGCACAUGUUAACCAUCCUACUCCAUAUCUCUCUCCUAAUCUAAGCUAGAGUAUAAUUUACCUGCGUUUGCAAUCUAAUUAACACCUUCGUAUCCCUAUUUGAUAAGACGAAGACUUAUUUUGGCCCCAACGGCCGUUUUUAUGUCAAAUUACACGUAAAACGCCGAAAUGCUCAUUAGACGAUCGCUGAACCAAUUUAAAUAAACGACGUUGCAUUUAUGAAACAAACCCAGUUUUAGUGAUUGCAGGAACCACAGUUUACAGUAAGGCCUCUAUAGUUUAUUUUUGGAUGUAGGAUAUAUAUAUAUAUAUAUAUAUAUAUAUAUAUAUUAGUGUGUGGGUGCGUGUUUCUAAUGUGUGCAAAUCCGUAACUCUGCACGAAAAAUCACACUUGUGUUAACUACACCUUCUAAAACAUCUAAAGAGGGCAAACGUGAUACCUGCGGUUACAGUUUAUGUGACAGGUACAACGGUUACAAGUGUUUUGCAAAUGCUCUACUCCCGAAUAAGCGUUACAUAUUAAUGUAGUGUAUACAUGUCUCAUUAGAUGCAUUCUACAAAAUAGUGGUAUGGCUGUUUUAUUGCUGAGUUUGCGGUGUACAUUUGCUACUUGAUUUAUUGAAAACUAAA